CAUGACGAAUAUGCGUCCCCCCAAUAAAACGACCCUAUUAAAAGUCGUCAUAUUGGGUGAUGGUGGCGUCGGAAAGUCAUGUCUUAUGAAUCGUUUUGUUUCUAAUCGUUAUGAUGAGAAUAAUUUCCAUACGAUUGGGGUUGAGUUCAUGAACAAAGAUAUUGAUGUCGAUGGCGAGAAAUAUACAUUGCAGAUUUGGGACACUGCUGGCCAGGAACGUUUCCGUGCACUACGUACCCCCUUCUAUCGUGGUUCAGAUGUCUGCCUUUUGUGUUAUGCCAUCGAUGAUUAUGACAGCUUUCGUGGCUUGAAACAAUGGCGCCAGGAAUUUUUACAUUAUGCCGAUGUUAAUGCCGAUAAAUUCCCUUUCAUUGUGGUGGGCAAUAAGAACGACGUGGCCCACCACUGCCGCCAGGUACCUUUUGACGAGGUGAAACAAUGGUGUGAUCAAAAUAAUAUCAAUAGCCAGAUAGAAACCUCAUCGAAGACAGCAACAAAUGUAACCGAUGCCUUUAUAUUGGCCGUACGCCAAUGGAAACAUAUGGAGCGGAUUGCUGAAAUUGAAUUGAAACAAAACGAUACAAUUGAUUUGACAAAAACAAUUAAAUUGGCCCAUAAUCGUUUUUGUUGUACUGGAGGGGGUGAUAGUACAACGAGUAGUAGUGGCAAUAAUGCAAAUAAUGAUUCCGAAGAUGAAAGUAUGAAUAUUGUUUCGCCCAAACGUUUUGGCCGAAGGCAACAGAAAAACACCCCAGGAAAUUCAACACAAUUUCAGCUAUAA